AUGUGCUGGCUGAGGGCAUGGAGCCAGAUCCUCCUGCCCGUUUUCCUCUCCAUAGCUCUCAUCCAGUUGAUUAUCAGUUUCUCUGACCAUAAGACUAAAACCCACCAUCACUGGAAGCGGAAAAUCGAAGCAAAAUACGUUGAACAGGAAUGUGCUCAAAAGCAAACGUGUCCACUGUGUACUCGGGAUAAGAGAUGUAUUUGGUGCCGAGAAGAAAAGGUUUGCAAAAAGUACUGUUUUCCAUAUUCUGACUGUAAAUUCAAUUCUAUAUUUUGGGCAAACUGUAAUGUUGACCUCUUUGGACUCGUGAUGCUGAUACUGCUUGUAAUAAUAGCAAUAGCAUUUGUGUGGUAUUGCCUUGCCUAUUACUUUUACAUGCAAGAGAGGAUGGCUUUUUAUUAUGCAAGAAAUGGACACAUUCCUGGUUACAACUUGAAUCCUGUUGGCAAGUGCUUUCUUCCUGUUCGACAGGCUCCUCUAGGCUUGUCCAUCCACCAACAGCCGGAAGUCAUGCUCUUCCUGUAG